AUGCUAUUACAAGCGGGUGAUACCCGUAUUGGCGUUCCAAUUUGGUCUCUUCCAAUUCUGUAUUCGGCACCCAUUGCUUUGAUGGCUCUCGUCGUAUCUUCAAAAGCAAUGUCAACUCCCGCCAAGCAAUGCUUAUCCGUUCCCCUUCUUGCAACCGAGAUCCUCGUGCCAAUUGUAUUCACUGCCAAUAAUGCAGUCCUUGAUCUCACCUGUUCGGUCGUGGGUUACAAUGCAUUCAUACGAUUCUUUGACUUUUUCUGGAUCUCGCCCAUCUUGUAUGGCAAGCCGGCAUACGCUGACAUGGAUUAUCUGCACACCGAAUUAUGGUCGUCCAUGCGUAAGUUUCCAAAGAAGAAGAGCAAUGACGAGAAGCCGAAAGAAUAUGUCAAAGACAAGAAAUUCUAUCACAUCUUGAUUCGAUUGUUCUAUCAUGCUGCUAUUUGCGAUAUCUUUGGUGCUUGGUAUGCAACUUUCUCUGGAAGAGAUGCCAUGGCCCUCUCAGCAGAACGUCCCGUGUUAUUCUUUUUCUUCUUGUGCAUCGCUGUAUUCGUGCUCAACAGUGCUUUCAAUGCUAUCGGUUGUGGUUUGCAACUCUUUUACUGCAUCUAUUAUGAAGGAGGCUCCUAUUCAAGUGAACAAUGGCGACCUUUGAUGAUGGAUCCUAUCAUUUCAACUUCUUUGGAUGAAUUAUGGUCGGUGCGUUGGCAUCAAUUGUUGCGUACUUCUUGGGUGGCUUUUGGAUUCCGCCCUAUGCGUUUCAUUACACAGCGUGCACUUGCCAAGACUGUCAAAAAUCCACUCCCAAUUGCCUUGAUGAUGGGUGCCAUUGCUGUAUUUGCUGUAUCAGGAUUGAUGCAUGAAUACAUCAUCUAUUGCAAUGUUGGAUGGACCGUUUAUCGUCAAUUCUUUGCUGGUCAACAAUUCUUUUUCUUUUUCAUUCAUGGUAUCGGCAUGGCCAGUGAACGCAUAUUGAAAAAAGUCACCCGUGGUAUGACCUUUCCCAGAAUCUUGGCACGCAUUGUGUCACAUGCGUGGGUCUUUGCAUGGGCAUAUUACACGUUCCCUUACUUCUUGGAUGGAUUCGCUUACUGGCAUAUCUGGAACGACAACCCAUUCGAGUUUGUACAGCCCUAUGUCAUCGACAUGUUACGUACCAUGCCCCAGGCCCGUGCGCUAUGUGGAAGCUUGUUGUAA